AUGGCCUCCUCGAUGCUCAAUGGAGCUGAAAACCUCACUCUAGUUAGAGGCAUAAACCCUAAAGGGUUAGGCUUUUUGGGGGCAGAUUUGCAAGGGAGGCACUUUUCUAAAGUGAAUUUAAUCUCUAGCACUAGAAUUUCAAAGGCAAGAACUUCGACAGCCAAGUGCAGUUUAUCAGCCUCUAGGCCAGCGUCACAGCCUAGGUUUAUCCAACACAAGAAAGAGGCUUUUUGGUUCUACAGGUUCCUUUCAAUUGUGUAUGACCAUGUCAUAAACCCUGGGCACUGGACUGAGGACAUGAGAGAUGAGGCACUUGAGCCUGCUGAUCUCAAUGACAGGAAUAUGUUAGUGGUGGAUGUUGGUGGUGGCACUGGUUUCACCACUCUGGGUAUAGUUAAGCAUGUGGAUGCCAAAAAUGUUACCAUCCUUGAUCAAUCUCCACACCAGCUUGCAAAGGCCAAGCAGAAAGAGCCUUUGAAGGAUUGUAAGAUUAUUGAGGGCGAUGCUGAGGAUCUACCAUUUCCUACUGAUUAUGCGGAUAGAUACGUGUCUGCUGGGAGUAUUGAGUACUGGCCUGAUCCACAACGUGGCAUCAAAGAAGCAUACAGGGUUUUGAAGCUAGGAGGUAAAGCCUGCUUAAUUGGUCCAGUAUACCCAACAUUCUGGUUGUCUCGCUUCUUUGCUGAUGCUUGGAUGCUCUUCCCAAAGGAGGAAGAGUACAUUGAGUGGUUCCAGAAGGCUGGAUUUAAGGAUGUUAAACUAAAGAGGAUUGGCCCAAAAUGGUAUCGUGGUGUUCGUAGGCAUGGGCUGAUCAUGGGAUGUUCCGUAACAGGUGUUAAACCUGCAUCUGGAGAUUCUCCUUUGCAGCUUGGCCCAAAGGCAGAGGAUGUGUCAAAGCCUGUAAACCCAUUUGUGUUCUUUCUGCGCUUCAUUUUGGGUGCCUUGGCAGCAACGUACUUUGUGUUGGUUCCCAUCUAUAUGUGGCUCAAAGAUCAAAUUGUACCCAAAGGACGGCCAAUCUAA